AUGCUCUCAAGAAGUCUAUUCACCAGGACACUGCUCCGGCCCACCGCCGCCGCCGCCUCCGCCACCGCGGCUUGCGCUCCCCGAGCACCGGCGGCGGCGCGGGCGCGAUGGAGGGUCCCGCCCAUGCUCAGCGCCUCCCAGGCGCGGCUGCUCUCCGACGCAACGCGCCAGGCCAUCGACCGCGCCGUCGCCUCGGCCCCCGUCGUGCUCUUCAUGAAGGGCACGCCCGAGACCCCCCAGUGCGGCUUCUCGCGCGCCAGCAUCCAGAUCCUCGGCCUGCAGGGCGUCGACCCGGACAAGUUUGCCGCCUUCAACGUCCUCGAGGACGCCGAGCUGCGGGCAGGCAUCAAGGAGUACUCGGACUGGCCCACGAUCCCGCAGCUCUACAUCGACAAGGAGUUCGUCGGCGGCUGCGACAUCCUCGUCUCGAUGCACCAGAACGGCGAGCUGGCCAAGAUGCUCGAGGAGAAGAAGGUGCUCUUGGCCGCCGAGUCCGCCGAGGCCGAGGGCGAGAAGAAGGAGUGA